AUGCUGUCCUCGCCAUCAGCCGGCAUACCAACCCCCAAUACGGUCGCUGCAGGAUCAAAGCGCUCGGCUGCAUCCGACUUGCAGCGAACUGCCGGCCUCCAAGCCACGCCAUCCAAGCGACAUGCCACGGCCAAAGCGACUGCCGCCGUAGCUGGUCCUCCGUCCAUGCCAGCCUUCAGUGUCGGCGGUAUAGCCCCGAGCCCCGGCAUGGGCGUUCCCGUCGCCGCCAUGUCAUCACUUGGGCCGCUUCCGAAUUCCCACCCGCCUUCGCAACCGCCACUGCUGGUGACCGAGGACCAACUGACCGGCCGGACACCGGAACAACUCAUUGCGACCAUUCUCCAAGUCCAGGCGCAUCAUCAGCAAUAUGCCGCUACCAUAUCCGCACAAUACGAGAGCAUCGCACAGCAGCUGAGUGAUGUCAAGGCCAGUCUGGCGAGUCUUUUUAAUGGACAAGCCUUACAGCUUCAAGCAGCAGCUUCGCAAUUCCAGGCAUCAUCACAAGGCUACUCUGAGCCCAGAACCUCUAGAGCUAUUGCGCCGCCCGCUCCAAUGAUUUCACAACAAUCGCCCUCUGUUUCCAGACUACCAAGCUCACAUCCUGGCCCUCGUGCUGCGAGGCCGCCUCAAUCGCCACAGAGCUCACACACCGAUGCUCGUCUCCUCCCGAAGCAAACGAAUUUACAAACCCCUCAAACCCCUGGUCCCCCUGCAUACGAUUACCGAACAGUAGGCACAGUUGAGGAAGUCUGGAAAGAAUAUCGUGAAGGCAUAGAUGGACAGCCGGCGGUUGAAGAACUAGACGCUACCUGGGGCUCGAGAUGGCGACCCGAGCCACGCGGGAGAACGUGGUACUCACGACGUAAAGUCAUAUGGGACAAGAUUAAGGAAUACCUUGCCGAUGGUAUGGGAGAGGACGAGGCCGUCAGAGAGGUUGAGAAGCUGCGUGAUGGCGGAACUAUCAACAAACUGAUCCGCAUGUUGCAGGAUGAACGAAAAGACAAGGGGGCCCCGGAAGAGAGUACCGUUGCAUAG